CGCGGGAUGUUGCAGAGAGGGAGAGAGAAGCUUUGGAACAGUGCCGGAACGCGAACUUGGUCUCCCUUUUCUCUCUUAGUACACUCACAAACCCGAAGCGUGCAGUCGUUCGCCUGACAUUGGCCGCGUUCACUUCCGUGCUCCUUCGACUUCACCACCGGAAAACGGAUUAGCAGAGGACAGGCUCUACGGAAGCUGUACAGGGUGCGUGAAGAAAAAAGAGGUGUUGGAGAACCAAGUGCAACGAACACGCACCCAGCCGUACACAAAGGAUUCGCCGUACCAACCAGCUUUACCGCCGCGCGUAGGAUCGCCAUCGCCAUGCCGUCGCACAGCAGGCCGGGGGACGAAGUAUUCGGGGAACACGACUUCGUCGUUACCCGACUCCUUCUGGAAGACUUCCGGAACAAGAUGCUCGAGGAGAUGGCCGCGCACCCAGAGUGCUACCACCCGAAGGACGUGCAACGGAUCCGCGAGAACGACGACCUGUGCCGGCGCUACGUGCGUCACAAAGAACUCGACAUUCCGGCCGCACUCACAUGGGCAAAGAACUCGCUCCGAUGGAGGAAACAGUCCGGCAUCAACGAUGCCAGGGAGGAAGACUUCCCGCUCGAAUUCUUCAGCGCGGGCACACUCGUUCCAUACAACACUGACAAGUUCGGAAGCCACGUCUUGACCCUGCGCGUGAAGAACCACCGCAAAGACUCUUCGAUGGUGGACGAGAUGCGCAAGUACUUCGCCUUCUUCAUGGACAAGAUCCUCUUCGAGAACGACGCGCUCAGGGUGACCGUCGUGUUCGACUGCACCGACGCAGGCGUCAGCAACGUGGAUAUGGAACUCGUCAAGUUUGUCGUCACAGUCUUCAAGGAACUGUACCCGUGGGCAUUAGGAUACAUCAUCGUGCACAAUAUGCCAUGGAUUCUUAACGCUGUGUGGAAGAUCGUGAAGGCCAUGCUUCCGUCCGAGGGGCUGCAGCGGGUGAUAUUCACCAGCAAGGAAAGCCUGCUGCAAUACGUCGACAAGAGGAACCUGCCAAAGUACAUGGGAGGAGAGGACACGUACGUGUACGAGUACCAGAAGGGCAACCCCCUCGGCGACCGGUGUCCACGAUGCCCACAUCCCAAGGUGGCCAUAUCGUGAACACUUUCCGUCACAAGGAGUUCAUCGAAUGUCAACGUUGACCUUACCGCGGAGAGACUGUGAUAGUCCCGAGUCUUCUCUAUAGCAACCAUCCGCAACGACCGAUGCCAAAUGACGCUUCAACUGUCCUGGAAAUCGUCAAACUCUGCAGCGACAGCGCUUUGCGGCAACGACAUAUGUGCACAGCAGCCGUCUUGAAUCUAAAAAUAACUAUCGAGAUGACCGAUUCGACAGCGUGUCGUGAAUUGACAACGAACGCGUUAAGCGUCGAGGGCAGCCAGCAUCGAUAGCUGCUGGAAACACAGCUUUGAAGUUGAGCCGCCUGUGUCACGCGGAAGGUAUCUGACAGUUGAACUCACGAAAUGACUUUAUACCUCGUGUCGACCGAACAAACACAAGAACAGCACAUAUACCCGUUAAUUUUUGUAAAACACGUUUCGUGUUGUAACCUGUGAAAAGGGUGUACGCGUGUAGGAAACGUUAGUUACGUUAGAUGUUACGUUAAACACGUGUAAGAAAGUGACAUUGCUUUCCUCUGCGUAGAGGAUUUUUUUUUUCGUUUCGAAGUGUUUUGAUUCGCCACCAUCUUGCUUCGACAACAAAAAAGCCUGCGUCAUAUAUAUAUAUUUUUUAAACUUCUAUGACGUCUUAGCGAAGUUGCAUGUUCUGCUGUUCUGCUAGAAUUUGAACGGGACUCCAGGUAGCCGCUGUUCGCUUAGCUGUCUCUGAUCAGUAGUGGAAGAAGAGCGAUGUAUCUACAUAAUUGACAAAAACAACAAAAUGCUCGCACCAUCGCGGCUGAACAGAAAUACUAAGUCGUUUCCGUGGUCGGGAACUACGCUGACAAUCGCUACAUAUACAGUAGUCCUUUUUUUUUUGCUUCAUACAUAUCCAUCCAUUCAUCGUUCUCGAUCAUUUCAAAAGCUAUAGGACGGCAUGCAUUGAUAUUUUAGCUAGUCGAUAAAGCUGAGUACACGAUGUUGUGAAAGUGCGGUACUUUUUGUAACGUGUGGCGUGCUUGAGCGAUAUUGACAGCAGUGACCAGAGAGAAUAUGGUUUGUUAGGGCCAUAAAACUGAUAUCUGUGACAACUGAAUGACCGGUUAAUAGACUUAUCACUUAUCAUCUAUUUUAUAAACCGAUCAAGUGUGACAUGAACGACUGUGUGGCUCAGCAAUCUCUAAAUUGACUGCCCUGUGUGCUGAGGAACAGAUGUUCGUUAUGUUUCAAAGGAUAAUGUGCUGCUUUGUAGCUUUGGUGACACUCGAAAACAAGCAUUUCAUACCUUGUUUUUUCCUCCUCUGUUUGUCAUUGCAAUUUCUAUUUGUACCUAUUAUUGGCGGCGUGCUCGGUUCUUAAAAAAACAAAAAAAAAACGGCUCACCAAGCUUAUUUAUACCAAGAAGUCGUUGCAUAUUUCAGUACAACUGUGCGUGAAAAUAGACACUGACAAGAGAGAAGAAUAUGCACUAAGCGAAGACUUCAAACUAAAUUUAUCGUGCCACUGAAUCUGUUCAUACGCAGUAUAAUUGCGCACGUGAGUUUUUGUAUAGCAUAGAAGUUGUUGUAUACAUGUAGCACAAUAUUAUCCUCCUGGGUGUGACGAUGCUCGAAAGUUAUUUAAAUUGUCCCAGAUUGUGACUGUGGGAAUGUGUGCGCAGCUCCGCAAUGCUGUAAAUAUAUAGGUGAAUCUUCGUAAUGCAUGUACACGAGUCGCAUCACAUUUUUUUUCUUUAUAUAUAUUCUGUAUACAGUUGUACAAACUAUGUCAAUAAAACUCUAUUUCGUAAAACUUC